UUCCGCUUUUUCGCGCUCGCCAAUUCCUCACUCCUCCCUUUCUCUCUGCCUCUUCCCCCCCCCCUCCAGAAAGAGAGAGAGAGAGAGAAAGAAAGAAAGAAGAAGAAGAAGGGAGAGAGGGGCGAGAAGGAAAAAAUAAUUCCUCCCUCAUUUUCUGAUUCUUGUAUUUUAUUUUAUUUUUUGCUCUUCUCUCCCUCUGUCUCUCUUUCUCUCUGCAUCAUCCAUCGUUGGAGUUUUCUGCGUUGCUGGGGAAGGAAAGAAAGAAGGAAGGAAGGAAGGAAGGGGAAAAAAAAACACCAGGAGGAGGAGGAGGAGGUCGCCGAGCCCCCAAAUCAGCGCUGCGGAGGGAUGGAAAAAUAGAGAAGAGGGGGGGGGCUUACAAAUGAAUUCCUCCUCCUCUUUCUCUCUCUCUCUCCCCCACCCUUUCUUCUGUCUUACACACUUUUCCACACCUCCCUGAGGAUCUGGGAGCAGAACGGCUGAAGGAGCUGACUGGAUGAAAUUUCUGCCUUUCUGGAUUCAAUAUUUCUUUCUUUCUUUUUCUUUCUUUCCUUCCUUCCUUUUACCAUCCUUUUUUUCCUUCCUCUCUUACCAUCCUUUCCCCCUUCCUUCCUUCCCCCUUUCCUUCCUCCCUUCCUUCCUUCCCCCUUCUUUCUUUCUUUCUUUCUUUCUUUCUUUCUUUCUUUCUUUCUUUCUUUCUUUCUUUCUUUCUUUCUUUCCAGAAGGAGGGAAGAAAAAAUGCCCUUCCAUUGGACAAGUCUGUGGAAGUGUUGGAAACUUUUCGCAUCAGCCCAGAGCCCCGGUGCAAAAGGGAGGAUUUAGAAAACUUUGUUGACCUGGCCAGCGAGAGAUCUAGUCGAUUCUUUCCUUAAAGAGAGAGAGAGAGAAAAAGAAGAAAGCAACCCAAAAACUCUUCUCUCUUUCUCUUUCUCUCUCCCUCCAUCCCUCUUUCUUUCUCUCCCUCUCUCUUUUUUUCCUGCCUCUCUUUCUCCCUGGAAUAGAUAUAUUUGGUAUGCGCCUCUCUCGCUCUCUCUGUCUCUCUGCUUAUUUUUCCCACCCUGCUCGCCAACGGGGGAGACUCGGAAUUGCCUCUUGAAAACCCGACGGGGGUGAGAUUGUCCAAGAAAGAAAGAAAGAAAAAAACAAAGCCAAAAAGAAGAAAGAAAGGGAAGAAAGAAAAGAAAAAAGAAAAGGAAGGAAAGACCGGAGCGGAGUUGGUGCCAGGCCUCCCUCUGUCCGCCCCUGACUCUCAAAUUUUGUUUGCAGUGAUGGCCUUUGAAAACUCUGGAGUUGGAUUUUAUAUGGCUUUGAAUUUCUGUUUUUGGGAACUUUUGUUUGUAGACGGACUCAGCUUGGAACCUAUUUAUUGGAACACUUCGAACAAAAAGUUCCAGAAUGAGGGGGGUUACGUCUUGUACCCCCAGAUCGGGGACCGCUUGGACCUCAUCUGUCCCCGCUCCGUACCCCUGGGCCCAUUCUCCACCGAGGACUACGAAUACUAUAAAUUGUACCUGGUCCAGACCGAGCAGGCGGAGCGCUGCGAGAUUCUGCGGACCCCCAACCUGUUGCUCACCUGCGACCGGCCCGAACACGACAUGCGCUUCACCAUCAAGUUCCAGGAGUACAGUCCCAACCUUUGGGGUCACGAGUUCAAGUCCAACCAGGACUAUUACAUCAUCACCACCUCGGACGGGACCAAGGAAGGGCUCGAGAACCUGAAAGGAGGCGCCUGUUUGUCCAAAGGGAUGAAAGUGAUGCUAAAAGUCGGACAGCAUCGCAAUACGGGCUCCAAAUCCCAGAAUUCCAUGCCCGCCACACCUGCGGAGAAGGACCGAGGGACGCCAGGUGCCGCUGAACCCAACAAGGAGAUGGUCCCAGGAUCCUCUUCUGGAAACACAACUGGGAAAGUGGGGGGCGAGAACGGCCCGUUGCCACAAUCCAACGUACCCAUCAUUGCUGGUGCUGCCGGAGGAGCGGCGUUUGUGUUGCUGGUGGCGGCGGCCGUGACGGGGGCCCUGUGUUACCGCCACCACCGGGCCAAACACAGUGAAUCGCACCACCCGCCGUUGUCCCUCAGCACCCUGACCAGCCCCAAGCGAGUUGGUGGCGGAGGGGGUGCCAACAACAACGGCUCCGAGCCGAGCGAUAUCAUCAUCCCGCUCAGGACUUCAGACAGUGCGUUCUGCCCGCAUUACGAGAAAGUGAGCGGCGAUUACGGUCACCCUGUCUACAUCGUACAGGAGAUGCCACCACAGAGCCCGGCCAACAUCUACUACAAAGUAUGAGGCGAGGGGCGGUUCAUCUGAGGCCCCGCGGGCGGCCUUUGGAGCUCCGCGGUGGGCAGGCAAGGACUCGGAGCGGACGGGACACAACCGGACAUUUAGCCUUCCUGCCCUUUCUCGUUCACAGAAGGGUUUGAUGCACAGGUGCCUCGUUUCACCUCCAGUUAUUUUGGGGGGGACCCUGGAACUGAUACAGCCGCUGCCACGAGGGAUGCAACUCCUGUCCGAUCACGUACGAGCGGAUUCGAUCACGACAGCCCUUCCCCCGUCGAUCCCACAGCAAGG